AACACACAUUCAGGAAGAAAGACAGGUGUUGACUUCCCUAAAUGAAUAUCAUGGGAGAUGUGGCCGUCUGUCCCUAGAUCCAAUCACAGAUCAGAGCGAGAGAUACAAUUGUAUUCGUUUAAUUGUAACUGAACUGAAACCUAUGACAGAGCACCUGCAGCGGGACAAGGGGCCACAAAGUGACAUCACCAGAUGAAUAAUAUCACAGGAAGCAUGUCUUCAUCCCCAGUCACAAACGGAACGUUCCCUACGAUGAACGAAACAUUGACACUGUCCACUCUACCCACCCUUAUAAACGUGUACAGUCUAGAGACAGACGGUUCCUCCCAGCUCAGGGAUUCUGCUAACAACACGGUAUCUGGUGACCAAUUAUUCCUGACUACAGCCGCUGCUAAAGGGAUUUCGGGAGUGUUCGUUUGGACCGCUCUGCUCCUGACAUGUCACCAGAUCUAUGUUCAUCUAAGGAAUUACACCAUCCCCAACGAGCAACGCUACAUCAUCCGGAUCUUGUUCAUUGUUCCAAUUUACUCGUUUGAUUCUUGGCUCAGCCUGUUGUUCAUUGGCAAUGAUCAAUACUAUGUAUAUUUUGAUUCAGUCAGAGAUUGCUAUGAAGCGUUUGUCAUCUACAGCUUCCUCAGCCUCUGCUUCGAAUAUCUGGGAGGAGAAAGUGCCAUCAUGACAGAGAUUCGGGGGAAGCCAGUAAGGUCCAGCUGUUAUUAUGGUACUUGUUGUCUGCAAGGAAUGUCCUACUCCAUAGGCUUUCUACGGUUCUGCAAACAGGCCACUUUGCAGUUCUGUAUAGUGAAACCCAUCAUGGCGGUUGUAACAAUUAUCCUGCAAGCGUUCGGGAAAUACAGAGAUGGGGACUUUAAUGUUCAGACUGGUUAUCUCUACAUUACCAUCAUCUACAAUUUCUCGGUUAGCUUGGCACUUUAUGCCCUAUUUCUCUUCUAUUUUGCCACUAAAGACCUACUGCGUCCCUUUGAGCCGGUUCUCAAGUUUCUCACCAUCAAAGCAGUCAUCUUCCUAUCAUUUUGGCAAGGAAUGCUCCUGGCUAUUUUGGAACGGUGUGGCGUCAUCCCAGAAGUCCAAAUCAUUAACAACAAAACAGUUGGCGCGGGCACGGUGGCAGCCGGCUGCCAGAACUUUAUCAUCUGUAUUGAAAUGCUAUUUGCUGCCAUUGCUUUGCGUUACGCCUUCACGUGCCAGGUUUACCGGGAAAAGAAGGAAAAUUCAACAGCAGCGAGUGUGCCUCCAAUGCAAAGCAUCUCCAGUGGCUUAAAGGAGACCAUCAGUCCUCAUGACAUUGUCCAGGAUGCUAUUCACAACUUCUCACCAGCUUACCAACAGUACACUCAACAAUCUAUGCAGGAGUCUGAGCGAAAAGCACAAGACCAAAAUGGACACAGUAGUGCCAGCUCGACCAACGGUCAUUCCGGCAAGAAACGGAAACAGAAUGAGAAAAUGAUGCUGAUUAUUUCAGAUGAUGAGCUCUAGAAGAUAAAGAGACACACAUGGAAUAUGGACCGUGUAUGGAUAGUUUCAUUUUAAACUGGAAAAGUUUACCAACAAUGGAGAGUGACACAUGGAUUCUGAACAAGACCGGCAUAUGUGACACAAAACUUCUCUCCAAAUCCGGUGGUCGAUAGUUUUUGAGAAACUAUUGAAUAAUUUAUCAGUGAACUUUCAAAGAUUGGCGAUCCAAUUAUGUUUAAGGCAACUUCGUGGAACGUUAUACAUAAUCGUCACCAUGACUUUUUGUUUUCAUUUUCAUGUUCGUCUUAAUUGCAUCUGCUAUAUAUUAUAUGUAAUUUGUUUUCUUUUUUACUUUUAUGCCAAAGAUCUUUUAAAAAAUAUUCCUCGCUCCUUUUUUUUUUUUUUUUUUUAUAAUAAUGGUAAUUCUCAAUUUCCAAAAUGAUGAUAUUUGGGAUCACCAACCAAUUUGCAUCCAAGGUCAAUAUGGUUCCUGAGAUCUUUGUCAUUGACCGUUUACAGUGAUUUGUCUCACAUUCUUCAGUAGCACAAGUUGCGUAAUAAUGUAUCCGUGUCAAAGUCAUUUCAUCUCCUCUACAUUACCGUGGAUUAUGCAUCUUCUUAUUAAAUGGAGGAUUGAAAGGAAGAUUUCAUGCUGAACUCACAAAUCUAUUUACAAGGAAUGUUUAAAAAAAAUUGGUCCUGUGGACUUCUCAAAGGAUGUCUUAAUGAGAAAUAAAAGGAAUGUGAUUUAU